AUGUUGGCUUCUAUACUGUUGGCACUGGCAGGUCUAGUGUCUCUCAGCACAGCUGGUUAUGUGCUGGAAGACGACUACACCACGGACGAGUUCUUCUCCAUGUUCAACUUCUUCACUGAUGCAGAUCCAACCAAUGGCUACGUGACAUAUGUCGACGAAAACACCGCCCAAAAUGGCGGCAUGAUCAGCACCACCAACGGCUCCAUCUACAUGGGCGUCGACUAUACCAACGUGGCGACGGGAUCAGGCCGGAACAGCGUCCGACUGACGAGCAAGAAGUCCUACACGCACGGCUUGAUCGUCCUCGAUCUCUCGCACAUGCCUGGCGGAGUGUGCGGAACAUGGCCGGCAUUCUGGACGGUUGGCCCCAACUGGCCCGAGGCCGGGGAGAUUGAUAUCAUCGAGGGAGUGAACUUGCAACUGGGGAACAGCAUGGCUCUACACACAACGCCCGGCUGCAGUAUCACCCACAACGGCCUGUUCUCUGGAGUGAUAGCCACGCCGAACUGCGACGUCAAUGCCGCCGGCCAGCCGACGAACGCGGGCUGCGCGAUCGUGACCCCGAAUCUGGCCAGUUUCGGCAACGGAUUCAACCUAGGUCAAGGCGGCGUCUACGCCACGGAAUGGACCAGCGCGGGCAUCAACAUCUGGUUCUUCCCUCGCUCGGCGAUCCCGAGCGACCUUGCAUCCGGCAAUCCAGACCCGUCGAACUGGGGAAGCCCGACCGCCGCGUUCGGCGGCGGAUGCGAGAUCGACGACUUCUUCAACAGCCACCAGAUCGUCUUCGACACCACCUUCUGCGGCGACUGGGCCGGGAACGUGUGGAGUGCCGACCCCAUCUGCGGUGCCAAAGCCCCGUCGUGCCAGAACUAUGUGCAGAACAACCCUUCGGCUUUCGCCGAUGCGUACUGGUCCAUCAAUUCAUUGAAGGUGUACCAGGGCUCAUCCAGCGGCAGUGCGAACGGCACCGUCUCCUCGGCUCCGCAGAGCGCGACCGUUUCGGCGUCUGCUGGCGUCUCCAGUGCUUCUGGGUUGCCUGGUGUCAGUGUCAGUGUGCCUCUCCUUCCAACGCCCGCGUCCGCGAGUGGAAUCCCCACCACGGGCUUCAGUCGCGGCGGGAACGGCAGACCCACCAAGACCUGGGGCGUGGCUGCGAACUUUGCUGCGGGCGUUGCUGGUUCUGAACAGACCCAGACUCCGACCACCGAGGACGGCGCCAGCCCGACUGUUGCUGCCGACGCCGCCGUCACUGAAUCGCCUGAUGGUGGCGUUGUCUUUGCCGCUGACGCUGCAGCAGAUGACGACUCUGCCGAUUUCACCGAAUAUGUCACCGUCACAGCCGUCACGUACGAGUACUUUGGCGGCAAGGACAAGAAGAAGCGCGAACCUCAUGCCGCUGCGGAGGUGGCGGUUGAGAAACGCGUCCCCGGUCCCAUCGACGCCAAUGUCGAAGCCCGAAGCCAGGAAGCCGCUCAUCUGCUCAAGCAUAGACGUUCUCACGGAAACGUUCACCGACGACAUCUGCUCAGACAUGGUCUUUCGGCUGCAAAACUUGUCGAGGAAUGA